GCGAAUGGCGGUGAGCGGAUCCUGGAUUUCCUACCGAAAAUUUGUUGUCUUGUGUUUGGUGCUUACGAUACUUCUGCUAUCCACUAAUAUUUUUUUGAGCUUCGAUGAUGAUGAAACCUUCUUUGAUGAAGGUGGAGAGGUGAUCCAAUCAUGGAGUGUGGACGCUGUUGGAAUCAAGGAAACGGAAGAUAAAAUAUUCAAUUUUCUAGAGGUGGAUGAAAAUUGGAAUGAACGAUAUUCUGAAGAAGAAGUUUACUAUGAUAGCAUUGACCACACCUUGAAAAACCUGCGCAAGCCUGCAGCAUAUGCAGCCAAGUACAAAUUGCCCAUAAUUAUCUGGUGGACCUCUUUUACACAUGGAAAUGAUAUCAAGAGAUGUAAACUUGGGGAGUGCUAUUUCACAGAGGCACGCAAAUUUAAAACACAUCCAAGAACCCAGGCUUUUCUGUUCUAUGGUACAUAUUUCACUCCAACAGACCUUCCAUUGCCAAGGCUUGGACACCAUGAAUGGGGCCUGUUCCAUGAAGAAUCCCCAAAAAACAACCCCCUUCUCCACCAUGAUACUACCAUUGAACUUUUUAACCACACUGCUACAUUUCGGAGAUCAUCAGAUUACCCAUUAAUCACUCAAAUGCUGUCAUCUAUACCUGAAUUAUUGAAGAAGCCAAGGUUUGACAUCCAUGAGAAGAGCACUUAUGAUCUUGCAUCAGUUGUGUAUGUCCAGAGCGGAUGUAAUCCACCCUCUGACAGAGAUGAAUUUGUGGCAGAGCUAAUGAAAUUUAUAAAAAUAGACUCCUAUGGGGCCUGCUUGCACAAUAAAGAUCUUCCAGAAGCAUUUAAGAGUCCUUUAACCAUGGAUGAUGAUGGUUUCCAUGAUAUUAUUGCAAAGUAUAAGUUUACAUUGGCCUUUGAGAAUGCAAUUUGUGAAGACUACAUAACUGAAAAACUCUGGAGACCUCUUGUCUUAGGGUCUGUGCCAAUUUAUAAAGGAUCACCAAGCAUCCAGGACUGGAUGCCAAAUAAUCACACUAUUAUAAAUGUGGAUGAUUUCAAAAGUCCAAAGGAUCUGGCUAAUUUCAUUAAAAAGCUGGAUAAAAAUGAUAAAGAAUAUGCCAAGUACUUAGAAUUUAAAGAUCAAGGAAUUACUAAUGAGAGACUAUUAUCGUUCAUGCAAAACCGACUAUGGGGGACAUCCUAUGAGGAACAGAACUAUGUUACAGGAUUUGAGUGUUUUGUUUGUGAUAGAAUUCAUGAAAAUUUAAAGCGCAAAGCAGCAGGUCAAGUGGAAAAUAAGUAUUUUGCCUCUCAAGAACAUUAUGGCUGCCCAAGACCAGAAAAGUACAAUUUUGCUCAUUCAUCUAACCAUGAUAGUGAUGGUCAGAGAGAUCUUUGGUGGCAGGAGUAUGAUCAAAGUGUGAGAGAUUCACAGAAACUGAACCACCAUGUUAAAUCUAACUGGUACUUUUAAACUUUUUAUAGCAUAAUCAUAGACAUCCCUAUCAAUCAGAGGAGUGUUUAGCACAAAAUUACCCUUUACUGUAGUGAAGGUAAUGGGCAAACCAAGGAGUUAAAAUGCUUCUUUGAAAUGUGAUUCACACAGCCAUUUUGCAUACCUCUUGGUUAACAUAGGAAAUGUUUGAGUCUGCCAAAGGUCAUGUUCUUGGACAACAAUAGAAAACAACUGUUACAGUUCCAGUUAAAAAAGACAUUUCUUGUUUCACAACCUUUGCCUUCAAAAGUGACUUCUAGUCCAAGGUAUAAGAUAAAAUACAAUGGAAAGUAAGUCAAAAUGUGAUAUAUGCCAACUCCCCCAGUUUUACUGGAAUCUUCUGGAUGAAGAACAAAUUUCUCAUAUCUCCUGUAGUGUGCUCAAUCUCUCAGUUACAUGUAAAUGAGUACUUCUCAUUACGAUAUCAUUACAAUAUCAAUCCAAUAUCAAGUGGAAAAGUGGUAAGAAGAAGAGGUUUAUCAGAUGAUCCAGUACCAAAUUCUCUGAGCUAUUGUGAUAUGAAUUGUAUGGCAGAUAGUAAGGAGAAUUUCUUAAGAGAUUUUGGGAGUGAAAGGUUUAAAAGGUUUAAAAGGAAUGGGGUACAGGUGAAUCAGAUGGUCCAUGAGGCAAACAUCUCUAGAUUUCACAUUGACAGCAGAACCCCCUUACAACCCCCAUCUUCACAUUUCCCAAGAUUGGAAUUUUUUAAAAGUGACAUUUUUUCACCCUUAGCACUAAAUCAUUCUACACUAUUGAAUGUGACAAUGUGCUGUACUCUGAAAACUAUAUUUGUUUCUACAAUAUCUAUACAGACUGCUUAGAGUAAUCACAUGUCAUUCCCACAAAAUUAUUCCAUCAGCUAGCACAAGAAAUUAUGUAUCCUUAUGUGGUCUUUUUUUUUUUGGUUGAAACUUUGGUAGAAUCAAAAUCUUUUCUUGUUUUACAUAAUUUUGGUAUGCAUGCUAAUGCAAGAAUAUGAUUUAUGCUAAUACAUUCACUAGUACCCAUACAGCUUAAAUCUCCACCAAUGACAACAAGUCCAUUAUUUGGUUGUGGAUUGUAAAUGGAAAGUGGUACUGCUUCACCCCUCCAC